AUGUUAGUUGGUCACAGAAGCAAAGUACGAUGUCGAGAAUUCACAGGACCAACACCACAUUCAGUCGCGGUGAGAGCAAGGUUUCCGUCGGCAAGACCAGCUGAUUACCUUAUUGAGGAGAGACGGAAACAGGAGGGGGCACGCGAUAAAGUGCUGGAGUAUACCAAGGAUCAAAGUACUUGCGAUCUGAGGAUGCUGUGGGAAAGGAACACUGAUCGCCGCAUUGUGUCUGGCACUAUUGAGAGGCGACUCCAUGAAGCCAUGGAGCAAUACCAGAUGAGCAUUGAUGAGCGGAGGGAGAGAUUGCGUGACCUCCUGGAAGAGGAAGAGAGAGAACUCCUCAGAGAGCUUGAGUCCAAAACAGAGACUGUGCUUGAGAGACAAGCUAGGAUGCGAGAGAGAGCCAAGUCCCUGCGAGAGAGAAGAGAGAGUGACAGGCAGAAAGUCGCUGCUGAGAAGCUUGAACAGCUCUUCAGAGAGCAGAGCGAAGAGCUGCGGGCUGCCCUGACACGUCAAAGGCAGGACGAAGUCUGCACCGAGCGAGCGGCUCAGAUCCGGACGCGGGAGGAAGCCCGACGCUUACGACAGGAGGAGGACAAACUCUUCGCCCAGCUUUGGGAAAUGGACCGCCAGGCCAAAGAGGAGCGUGAGACGCAGGAGGUCCAGCGUCAACUGGAGAACAACCAUCAGCAACUGGAUUUCCUGCGAGCUCAGAUGGAGGCCGCAGAGCGGCAGAGGAGGCAGGCGAAACAGCUGAAAGAAGAAGAGGCUCAGCUUCUGAGAGAGCAGAGGGAGACGCAGCGUUUGGAGGAAGAGCGAGAGCAGAAGCAGAGGCUGCUGCGUCAGGAGAGCCGACGUAAGCAGCUGGACCGUUCCCUGCGGCUGAAAAUGAAACGCUUAGCCCGGGAGCAGCAGGACGAAUUGGCUCUGGAUAUGAGCAUCCUGGAACAGCUGCUCGCAGAAGAGAAAGAUGAGAAACAAGGCGAGGCUCAAAGGAAGUUGGAAUUACGAGAGGAGCAGCGCAAGUACCGUCAGUAUCUGGCAGAGCAGCUGGAGGAGCAGAGACGCCAGGAGGCGGAGACCGAGCGGAUGAUAGAGGCGGACCUACAGCAGGUUUUGGCUCGCAAGGCUGAACAGUGGGCCAGGGAGAAGGCAGCGAGAGACAGGCUCAUGAAAGAUGUACUGGACACUCGACGCUUACAGAUCCAGGAAAAGUUGAACCUGAACAUUCAAAAGCAAGCUGAACUGGCUAAGGAGAGAGAGGAGUUUAGCAGAAUCGUCCAGGAGAACAAAUUACUGGAGGAAGAGGAGAGUACUCGGCAAAAGGAAGCCUGUCAGAAAUAUCAGGCCGACCUUUUGGCUCAGAUGAUGCACCAACAGCAGCUACGUGAAGCAGAACAAAGUGAAAGAGAGCUGGAAUUCCAGAUGGGCCUUGCCUACCAGCAACAGUAUAGCAAAAAAAUGCAGGAUAUCCUCUCCAGGCCUACGUCCGACACUGCAGCUGUGCAUCCCUUCAGAAGAAGGGGUCGUAAUCACCUUGGGUAUUAG